ACGCCCGGUAAUUUUUUUCAGUGACAUUUAUAUCCCAAUGAAAAGAAAAAAAGAACGCAAUAGAAGUGACAAAAAGGUUACCAGAAAUUGGGUGAAGGUCAACGUUUGAUAAUUUAGCCUUAUAUGGUAAUUCACUUAGCAGAUCGGUCUUAUUCGUCAUUUCAUUUCAUUUAACACCUUCACAUGGCACACGUAGCGCUUGUUCGCACACGUAACUCUGGUUGGCUCCAAAUCAAAAGCUACCCAAAGGGCUGCAACAGCUCCCCCCUUCGGCUUUCCCCCCCGCUAUUUUCCCUUAUAACUAUUAAGGCUAUAACGCACACCAAUCAAUCGGCUCUUGUUCCUUUCUCCCUCACGCAUCUUCUUCAACUCCAGCUCGUCUUCCUCUCCAAAAAGCCAUUCCAAUUGCUUUCCAGUAUCUCUCUCCGUGAAAUUGCUGCUUUUUCUAGCGGUGGCACAAGGAGGAGGAGGAGGAUUUAAAGCAAUGGAGUCAACCGAGUCUUCGUACAUGUCGUCACCGGAGGCACCGCGUAAGAGAUCUCCACCGCCUCCCAAGUCUCCUACCUCAGAUUCUAUGGAGAAGGCCACAUACAUGAAGUUUCUCGUGUCAAAUGCUGCAGCUGGUUCUGUUAUUGGAAAGGGCGGAUCAACAAUAACUGAUUUCCAGUCGCAAUCUGGAGCUCGAAUUCAGUUGUCACGCAACCAUGAGUUUUUCCCGGGGACCACUGACAGGAUUAUUAUGAUAUCUGGAACAAUUAAUGACGUACUUAAGGCUGUAGAGCUGAUUCUUGCCAAAUUGUUGAGUGAGCUUCAUGCUGAAGGAAGUGAUGAUGUUGAGCCAAAAACAAAAGUCAGGCUUGUUGUUCCAAAUAGCUCAUGUGGUGGCAUAAUCGGGAAGGGUGGUUCCACUAUAAAGUCCUUUAUUGAAGAAUCACAUGCUGGAAUUAAGAUAUCUCCUCAGGAUAAUAGCUACUAUGGGUUGAAUGAUAGGCUAGUGACACUGGUAGGAACUCUCGACGAACAGAUGUUGGCUAUUGAUCUGAUUCUUUCUAAGCUGUCUGAAGACCCCCAUUACUACCAGUCCAUGAAUGCUCCAUUUUCAUAUCCAGGUGUUUUCUUCUCCGGUUUUCAUGGUACUCCAUAUACAUAUGUGCUUCCUUCUGUUGCAACAGCACCCCAGAAUGCAAUGAGCUAUGGAACAAAUGGGGCUGGAGGGAAGUUUCAGAACAACAAGGAGGAUCGAAGUAACUCCAUGACUAUUGGGGUUGCAGAUGGACAUAUUGGGUUUGUUGUUGGUCGUGGUGGAAGAAACAUAAUGGAAAUCGGCCAGGUUACUGGGGCCAGAAUAAAGAUAUCAGAUAGAGGUGAUUUUGUGACUGGGACGACUAAUAGGAAAGUCACAAUUACAGGAUCGCACAGAGCAAUUCGUGCAGCCGAGUCCAUGAUAAUGCAAAAAGUGGCCUAUGCUUCUGAGAGGGUGAUUGAUUAAUUUUGAAAUGUUCGCAGUCAAAAUUCACGUUGAGAAUGUACGUGGGGGAGAUCUACCUGUAAUUUGCUUAUACGUUUAAUCAUUUAAAGAAAGGGGAAAAAAGAGGAGCCGUUGACAUAUGUUGGCACAUGAUGAUGUAAGUUGGAAGAAAUUUGCAUAAUCCAGUAGGGGCAAGAGCGGGAAAUUUUCUUGUUGUCGAGAGAGAUAACUGUGCUAGGAAUUUGUUUGAGAUUAAGUUUAUUCCAAAAGGAAACGUUGGAAAAAAAGCCAUUAUUCAUCGACUAUAUAGAAUGAUUUGCUUUACUUCAUUCACGGUUGUAAACCUGCUAAUUUAGCAAGUACUCUGUCUGAUAGUUAUCUUAAUUCGUUCGAUUCUUGAUUCAA